AAUUGACAGUGUGAUUGGACACAACCAGAGGCCCUCCUUGAAGGACAAGAUGAAGAUGCCUUACACAGAGGCUGUGCUGAAUGAGAUACAAAGAUACAUCACCCUCGUUCCAUCUAAUGUUCCACGUGCCGUGACCAAGGACACGAAAUUCAGACAAUAUGUCAUCCCCAAGGGCACCACAGUAUUGCCAUUACUGUCUUCGGUCUUGAUGGACUGCAAGGAGUUCCCCAAUCCAGAGACGUUUGACCCAGGCCACUUUUUGGAUAAAAACGGCAGCCUCAGGAAAACAGAUUACUUCAUACCCUUUUCCCUUGGGAAACGGGCCUGUGUUGGCGAGGGCCUGGCCCGCGUGGAGCUGUUCCUCUUCCUCACCACCAUUCUGCAAAACUUUUCCCUGAAGCCCCUGGUGGAGCCCAGGGAACUAGAGACCAAACCCCUUGUUACUGGGAUUCUCAACGUUCCCCCGCCUUUCAAGCUGCGCCUUCUUCCUAGAUGAAAGGACUUUCCUCCUUUAACAAUUUGAUUCAAAGUAAUUGCUUUUCCUCUUACUCCCCAAUAGUCUAGCUCUUCAUUUUAAAUACUGUGUAGGACAGAAACACUACUCACUAAAAAUUGUUUUUUUUUCUCUCACUAAAAACUUGACGGACAUUUGUUUAAAUCUGCAAAUCCCUUGACAAAAAGGAGCUGGGUCCUGGCAAC